AUGGUUGAGUGGACUGAGGACGAGCGCAGGAUCAUCAGCAGCAUCUUUUCCAGCCUGGACUAUGACGAUGUCGGCCCCAGGGCUCUGUGCAGGUGCCUGAUCGUUUACCCCUGGACUCAGAGGUAUUUCGGCGCCUUCGGUAACCUCUACAAUGCGGAUGCCAUCAAGAGCAACCCGAACAUCGCAGCCCACGGUAUUACCGUGCUGCACGGCCUGGACCGGGCUGUGAAGAACAUGGACAACAUCAAGGCCACCUAUGCCGAGCUGAGCGUCCUGCACUCCGAGAAACUGCACGUCGACCCCGACAACUUCAGGCUGCUGUCUGACUGCCUGACCAUCGUCAUCGCAGCGAAAAUGGGAAAGGACUUCACUCCAGAAAUCCAGGGCGCCUUCCAGAAGUUCCUGGCCGUCGUGGUGUCCGCUCUGGGAAGGCAGUACCACUAA